UCGAGUUUAGUCGUGUGGUUUUGUCUUUCGUAGUGAAAAUGAGUGAGGAUAAGCGUAAACGGAGUCCUAAUUGGCUGUCGUGUGAAAAAGAACUUCUGUUGAGCCUAGUGGAAUUUCAUUUGAAUAUUAUAGAAAAUAAAAAAAACUGAUGGAGUGACUAUAAAAUCAAAAUUAGCUCAGUGGCAAAUUAUUGCAGACCAGUACAAUAGUCGAACAAGCCACUGCCUUCGCACAGCUGAAAAUCUAAAAGCUCAGUGGGAGAGUAUGAAAAAGGUAGCUAGAAAAGAUGCAGCAAAUAAUGGGAGACAAACAGGUGGUGGAUCCCCUAAAAAGAUAGAUCCCUUUCUUCAGCGGAUCUUACGCCUAAUAUCCACCAGUGCUGUUGUCUUAUGUAACCCUAAUGCUUGUGAUACAAUUAAUCCUGCCGUGCAAGAUGAAACUGCAAUACCUUCUGUAAAGACCGAGGAUUUCCCAGAACCACCCCCAACAGAAUAUAAAGAUAUCUUACCGCCUCUAAGUGUGGUGAUUUUAGAUGAUAGAAGUAAAAUAGGCGUACAACCUAAUAAUAAAGAAUUUGUGGCAAAGGAUUUCGGAGAUUACACACCGCAAUUGUUGAGGACACCGGUGUCAGAGGAACUCAAAAUUGAUGAUGCAGACGAUAAAAAUACUCCUGACAAUAUAGCAAAGCAGAAACUAAAUCGCAAGACCUGGAUUUCUAGGAGGAGGCCAAUUCAUACAAAGACGUCUUUAGAACUGUUGCAUAAAAAGAGAAUAGAAGCUAUAGAAUUACAAAAUAAACUUGCAGUGGAGGAAAUGGAAAGAACAAAGGUUUUACAUGACCUUGAUACUCAAAUUAAAAAACAAAUACUUAGGCAAGAAAAAAUUAAAGACAAUUUGUUAUUGAUCAAGCGAAGAAGAUUAUUUAGCUUGCAGAAAAAGUACAAGAUGAAUUCUCAAAAUAAAUAAUUUAAAAUAUUUACA